UACAAACGCGAACAAUCGCGCUCCGUCCGCUGGAACCGCGUCCGCGUGUGCUCAUGCUCGUGUCCGACCGGCCUCCGCGUGCGUAACGCUCCUUCUCCCGUGCGUAACGCUCCUUGUCCCGUGCGUAACGCUUCUUCCCGUGAGCUUUUCCCCGGUGUUUUGUGCUCUGCACGAGCUUUGGAUUUUUUGGUCCAGGGAUUUUCUCGAAAGACGACAGGAUGCCCCCGGCCACCGAGAGGAUAGAUCUGGAAGAUGAUCAGCGGUUCGCUCUCAUGAAAUUCCGCAGGAAUGUCAAGGAUAUUUGCACGAAACCCGACCACGAUGACCACUUCUUGCUACGUUGGCUCAAAGCCAGGAACUUUGACCCAGAGGCUGCUGAAAAGAUGUUGCGAGAGUCGAUGAAGUGGCGUGAGCGAUGGGGAGUGGACGAUCUGGAGCAUUGGGAGCCCCCGGAGGUUCUGCAGAAGUACUACCCUUCGGGGAUCUCGGGCUUCGACAAGGACGGGUCCCCGAUCGUGGUCAUCCCUUUCGCCGGCCUCGACAUGUACGGUCUGCUUCACUGCGUCUCCAAAUCGGACGUUGUCAAGGCCACCAUCAAAAUGCUCGAGAGCUACAUCAAAGUCGCCCAGGAGCAAACCAAAAUCCAUGGACAAAAGGCCGCCCAAGUCAUGUGCGUCAUCGACAUGGUCGAUUUCAACCUCAGACAGUACGCCUGGCGACCAGCCGGUGAAGUUACCUUAAACAUGAUUCAGAUGUACGAAGCUAACUACCCCGAGAUACUGAAAGUGUGCUACGUUGUAAAUGCCCCAAAAAUCUUCAGUCUAGCAUUCUCAAUAGUCAAAAACUUCCUUAACGACUACACCAUCGGUAAAAUUCACAUAACCAAGACGGAUCCUGCAAAAUGGAAAGCUCUUCUUUUGACAAAAGCUGAUCCAGAUCAGUUACCGGCCCAUUUCGGCGGGACGCAGACAGAUCCAGAUGGAAAUCCUAGGUGUACGAUGAAAAUUCGACAAGGUGGGAAGAUUCAUAAAUCCUACUACGUGAAGCGAGGUGAUAAAAUUGCAGACUCAGACAACGGCGACUAUUGCACGGUGACUGUCAAGAAGGGCGAAAAACUGCGGCUCUCAUUCGUGGCACCAGUUGGCGGAUCUUUUCUGAAGUGGUCCUUCCGGACGGACUCUCAUGACAUAAGGUUUGGAAUCAAAAGCCAGGAUGAAGAGGGGAAUGAAGCCAUUGUUGUUCCUUUAAAGAGGGUGGCUGCCCACCAAAUGGACGAAGUCGGAGUGACGACAUUACCUGUUCCUUGUACAUAUACGGUGUUGUUCGACAAUAGUUACAGCUUCUUACGGAGCAAGAAAUUGCAAUACAAUAUCGCUGUGACGCCGCCAAUCGAUGAGGAUGGAGCACCGGACAUCUCGCGCACCGAUUGAUUUAUUAUAGAUCGGUGGCCAACCAAUGGUUUCUUCGUGUGAUAUCUCUUAAUACUGUUACCAUAGUAAGCUCGUGGUUUUAGGUUAAUUUUUUAAGUGUCAUUUUUAAGUGCAAUACUACGUAUCAAAAUAUUUCGACAAGCCAAACUAGAUGCCAAUACAAAGGAAAUUCUUUCCAACGGAUGUGCCUUGAAUUUCUUAAUUCGACGGAAAGUUCACGUGGGAAUGACGUCAGUAGUCAGUAGCAAUUUUGCAAGUUGACAACAUUGUUUUUCCUCAAUUUAAAUCAAUUAAAUGUAUCGAUUUUAGGUGAGACAAGCUGCCUCACCAAGAAUCGAUUUUUUUUACAUGCAUUUAAAUAGAGGAAAAACAGUGAAGAAAACAUCAAAGACAAAAAUUCACAUUCUGCGUGUAGAAAAUUCGUAUUUUAUUUGAGGAAGUUUGACAACUUCUGAAUUUUCAAACUACGUGUUUACCCCUGUCGUAACAUAACUUUACAUACAAGUUUGGCAAUAUCUUUUCACUCUUUCCUUCUCUGACUCACAUCUACUUUUAUAGAAAAUUGUUAUAAAAAAUUGUCAAUUUAUUGUAAAUAAAUAUGUAUUUCCGAAAUA